AACUCUUACAUAUUGUGCCUCAAGUGUGGUAUUAAGAUUAGGAAUCAAGUUGAAAUCCAAGGUAGAGAGGAGAUUUCAACUUAGUAAAACUAUGGCGAAGAGGAUGGAGCUAUAUGAGAAAUCAAAGCCGUACAUUGCAAUGACGUCUCUGCAGUUUGGAUAUGCAGGGAUGGCCAUACUCACCAAGAUCUCUCUCAAUGAUGGGAUGAGUCACUAUGUCCUGGUUGUGUAUAGGCACCUAGUUGCUACCGUGGUCCUAGCUCCUUUUGCCUUCUUCCUUGAAAGGAAGGUCAGAACCAAAAUCGAUUUUCGCAUAUUUUGUGAAAUAUUUGCGCUGGGUUUGUUGGGCCCUGUACUGGAUCAGAAUUUCUAUUAUCUGGGUUUGAAAUAUACUUCUCCUACCUUUGGAGGUGCAAUGAAUAACUUGGUCCCUGCUACAGCUUUUGUUAUUGCUCUUGUCUGCAGAAUGGAAAAAGUAAAGAUUCGACAGAUACGCAGCCAAGCAAAGUUAUUUGGAACUUUACUAUGCGUUGGUGGUGCAAUGCUUAUGACAUUUUACAAAGGAGCUCUUGUUCCCAUGCCUUGGUCUUCACAUCUCCAAAGCCAUUCCUCAACUGCUUCUUCUCAUGACAGUACUAGUAACAUGAUAAAAGGUUUCAUCUGUUCUCUUAUUGCAAUGGUUGCUUGGGCAUCCUUGUUUGUUCUUCAGGCUUCAGUUUCUGAGAGGUACCCAGCCCAACUUUCUCUUGCCACCUUAAUAUGCUUUAUGGGCACAAUACAGUCAACUGUAAUCACCGUGGCUGUUGAAAGGCACUUGUCUACCUGGGCAAUCGGAUGGGACAUGAACCUUCUCACUGCUUUCUAUUCAGGAAUACUGGGUUCAGGAGUUGCAUAUUUUGUGCAAGGGAUGUGCAUGAAAGUGAAGGGUCCUGUCUUUGCCACGGCAUUCAGUCCUUUGACCAUGAUUAUUUCAGCAAUAAUGGACUCAAUUAUCCUCCACCAGAACAUUUAUGUGGGCAGCAUUCUUGGAGCAGUGAUCAUUGUGACAGGGCUGUAUGGUGUCCUGUGGGGCAAAGUGAAGGACAGCAAGCUGUCCACUGAAGACUCUACGGAAAUGCUUCCCACUUCCUAUUCGUGCAAUGACAAGGCCAAGCUUGAAAAUACUGAGACUGUGGCAGUGCCAGACAAUAUGGGUAUUGCUGUGAUGAAUGGGAAAGACAAGCACAACCACCACAACCAACCAGUGGUGAUUGAUGAGGAAAAGUAGUGGACGAACACUAGGUGAGUUGAGGUAGACAAUUGGGCAGUUUCAGAGUGGGUAUUGAAAAGAAAGAAUCCCUUUCGCAUGCCUCCAAUGAUUCGAUGUGUCCAUCGAAUGGGUCUUUGAUAGGAUUGUUUCGACUACUUUUAUAUAUUCUCCAUAAAUAAAAGAGGAGAUUAUUGUACGUCUUUCUGAAUCUAGUUGUUGGGAUUUCACUAUAUUUUGUAAAAGCUUGUUAUUUCAAAACGUUCCAAAGCAAAAAAAAGUUUUUUUAAUUGCC